GUAUCGCUAUUGUUCGUGCUGACUUCGCAGAAAGCGACAUGGCUGAGACCGCUCCGGUCGCCGCGCCCGAUGUUGCCGCCGCCGCCCCUCCGGCCCCGGCCAAGACUACCGCCGCCAAGAAGCCGAAGAAAGCGGCGGGCGGCUCCAAAGCCCGCAAGCCCGCGGGCCCCAGCGUCACCGAGCUGAUCACCAAGGCCGUGUCCGCCUCCAAGGAGCGCAAGGGGCUCUCCCUCGCCGCGCUCAAGAAGGCGCUGGCCGCCGGCGGCUACGAUGUUGAAAAGAGCAACAGCCGCAUCAAGCUGGGGCUCAAGAGCCUCGUCAGCAAGGGCACCCUGGUGCAGACCAAGGGUACCGGCGCCUCCGGCUCUUUCCGCCUCAACAAGAAGCCCGGGGAAGUGAAGGAAAAAGCCCCCAAGAAGCGGGCGGCCGCAGCCAAGCCCAAGAAGCCGGCAGCUAAGAAGCCCGCCAGCGCCGCCAAGAAGCCUAAGAAGGCUGUGACAGCGAAGAAGAGCCCCAAGAAAGCGAAGAAGCCGGCGGCCGCGGCGGCCAAGAAAGCGGCCAAGAGCCCCAAGAAGGCGACUAAGGCUGCCAAGCCCAAGAAAGCGGCGGCGGCAGCGAAGAGCCCGGCCAAGGCAAAGGCUGUGAAGCCGAAAGCAGCCAAGCCCAAGGCGGCCAAGCCCAAAGCGGCCAAGGCGAAGAAGGCGGCGCCCAAGAAGAAAUAAAUGAUCCUCAAAAAAACUUCGUCUGCCUUGCAGAUAAGCCCAACGGCUCUUUUAAGAGCCACCCAAGCUUUCCUGAAAAGAGCUGAAACGCUUUUCUUUUUUUUUUAAUGUCUCUAGUCUGUAUGUGCGCGUGCAGUAUUAACUACCCUGCUUCGGCGCUGCUCUUGUGUAAGGUCGAUCCCGUAACAGCACAAACUUCCGCACUCUUGUAACCCACAAGUGCUGGGUAGCACCGCAGCAGUGUUCACCGCAGUACGGCUCGUUUCGGCACACUCCCGGGGGCGUGGGUGC